GAUUAACUACAUUUUAUUUAUUUAUUUACUUUAAAUUUUGAAUUAUGGUUCAAUAUAAAUGACUAAAUGUGCAAGGGUCUAAUAUGCUUGAUUUGUGCUGCACUUUGUGUUCAGGAGAGUGAAAUUUUCAAUUACUUGUUGAUGACAUGGAGCAGUAUGAAGUACUUGAGCAAAUCGUAAAAGGUGCUUUUGGUUCUGCACUUCUUGUCAAGGAUCAACAUGAGAAGAAAAACAUCCUUGAAAUAUUGUAGUGGAUGAUGUUAAUGGCAGAAGGUUGAUCUUCUAUGAUUUUGCAAAUAAGGGUUGGCUCAACUGGUAAGAUCAAAGGAAUUAGGUUUGAUUCUCUUUUAGUCCUUGGUUGUAGACCAUCUGUAAUUAAUACGCAAAGAUGUCAUUGGGGCUCUUGGCAUGCACUGGCCUAGAAGUAGAAAUGAUGCAACCUUGGAUCCCACUUUUCUUUUCUCCACCAAAAGGAAAGGAAGUAUACUUAUGUUUAGCUGUAUGUUUUUUACUAGUUAAGUUUUUUAGCCUUGAAUCUCUUUUUACUACAUAUAAUAUUUAAUGUAGAAUAACUAGUUUGUAGUGAUGAACUUGUUUGUAAUCUAUUACAAAUUUGACCUUGCACUCUUCAAUUUUAAUUUUCUACAGUUUUGAAGAGCAUCUAACUGCACAAAGGAGAGAGAGAAAGAGAUGGCAACAGAUGAACUUGGAUUCAAAAAGCCAUUAAGCAUUCAUUGUCUUCUCUAUCCACUGCUAUAAGAGAGGAAGAAGGAGUAUAGAACUACCUAGAAAGGAAAGGGAAGAGAAAAAUGUCAUAUAUCUCUGUCCACUGCUUAUCUCUAUCCACUGCUAUAACAACUUCAGUUUGGUUGGUCCCCAAGCAUUCACAGCCACUAGAAGAUGCAUCACAACACCCUUUACUGCUAAAUCUGGAGGAUUUUCACUUAAUUCAAUACUUAAAGAUUGUGAGACCUGUAGCGGAAAAGGAGCCAUCGAAUGCCCUAGAUAGCUUUGUGAUUAUUUUGGUGGAAAUGAGUGAUCCCAAGUAUGCAUAUCCCUACCCUGCUCAAGGAGAAAUUGUUGUGCUGGUAGGUUAUUAUCAAGGUCCUCCAGUGAUGGCACCGCCACAAUAUGCUGCUGCACCACCACCAAGAAGAAAUACUGGCUUCCUUGAGGGAUGGUAAGCUUCCCAAUUUCAUAUUCUGCCAUCUUUUAUUAUUAAUUAAACCUACGACUAUGUUACGAGUGCACUAAAAUUAUAAAAUACAUGUUAAAAUAUAAAUUUACAUUU